AUGAGCCCGUGUGCGAGGCUAGACUGUUACCGCUCAGCCUCUCUCAGUUCAUCCUUGUGUGUGUGUGUGUAUGUGUGUGUGUGAGGCAGCGGCAAGGAGGCACAGCACCAGUGGUCCAAUCUAACAUGUGAAUGACAACACAACCGUAAUAACGCAAACCUCCUAAAUGCCUCUCUCGUGAAACCAUCCACCUCCUAUUCCUCCUCCUCCACAUUAUUAUUUCCCCUCCUCCACCACCAUCGUGCACAUCUACUGAUCGGUGCCCUGGGAUAACUUGUUUAUUUAUUAUUUAUUUCUUUGGGUUUUAAUGCGGCUAGUCCGUGAAGACAGCGGAGGAAAAAUGGCUGACCAGAUUGUGACAGUACAGAAGAGGUCUGCAUGAAUAGGUCAUGAAUACUAGUCUGUUCCUAGUUUACUACCUGAUGACAUCAGUAGGAGGUUAUGAGCUCCCCGCAUCAAACAAGAGCGGUUGGAUGAUCGAGAGAUCAACCAGCUGGCUCUGGAAAUGGUUGAAAAGAAUAAGCAGAAAAUGAUAUCCCAGGCUGCACAGAUUGCCCAGCAGACACAGGCAUCACAGCAGGCCCUCCAGCGUGCUGGGGGACAGCAGAUGAUCACAUUCUACUUCAACCGGGAAAAAAACAAGGAGCGAUCCAGUGACGACUCAAUCCUUCCAAAGAAGAUGGACGAGAAGAAGAAGGGCACCAUAGACGAGGAGAGCGUGCGGGGACGGUUCGGCUGGUCCACCAUCCACAACGCACACAUCCCCUAUGUGUUCCGGCGGGAGGACAAGUACUGUGCCGUGCGGAUGGUGGAGACCAAGCUUCUGAACAAGUACCUGAGUUACCUGCCCCACGAGAUCACCACCUGCAUCCACGUGCGGAGCUACUUCAUCACCGAGGGCGAGGCAAAGCUCCUCAAUGAGAUAAACAUGAAGCACUGUGAGUUCCAGUUUGGUCGUGAUCUCUUCACCACCAAGGACCUUGUGGUGAGACUCCAGGACGCGCGGUGCUUUUAUAAGUUCCUAGACACGUGCUUUAAGAAAUUGGUGCAGAAAUCCCAUGAACAAAGUGAACAUUGCGGGUUUGUGCGCAUCAAUGGGGAAAGUGUUGUGCCGUACACAGUGAAGGAAGGAAAGAAAUAUGUACCCCUCUUCUACUUUGAGGGUGAGACGGACACCUUGAAGCUAAAAGCAGAGAAGGUGGACAACUGGGAACUGGCAUACCUCAAGUUCUGCUGUAAAGUGCAGGGCAUCAGGAACGAGCUUUUUGCGAGUGACACAUGUGCAGUGGUGAGUCUUGAGGAUGUGCAGCAGUACUUCCCCAAAGACACACAGUUUGAAGACUGGUGGCCGCAGAAAACGGCAGAGCCCAUGAAGGUAGCCAGUCAUGGCACCAAACCAGGUGGCAUGUGGACCCAGCGGCCCCCAGGUGGCUCUCCUGGUGGUGUAACACAGGCUGCCCUCGGGUCCUCCCUCUCCCCGCUGUCUAGCAAGCAGCAGCCACCACCGGUGGUGACGACAGUGACCAACCAUGCAGCGGUGUCAGCCUCAGUGGGGGUGACAGCGGGCACCACUAACUCACUGGCCUCCCUCACCAACUCCCUAAACAACAUCAACUCCCUGUACUCCCAGUGGGCAACCCUGGUGAAUGGACAGGCAGCGGCUGUGGCAGCGUACUCUGGUGCUUCCAACAUGCAGGCGCUCCUCUCAGGCCUCACCAGUGACCAGAUGAGGCGGUUGCAACCCCAGGUCACCCUCCCAGUCUCCACACCACUCAUUCCCACCAUUACGGCGAGCCAGAGUGGGGUGCGGCCACCUCCACUUGUCCGAUCAUCAACAACCAUUAGUGACGUAUCCUCAACAUCUACCUCUUCCAGUAGUCGUCUAUCGAGUAGCAGCAUUGAUGCGACUUUGCGUCAGUUAGGGUAUAACACAGCACAGCUUAACCAGUCAACGUUAAACUCGUUAGUCAAUGUUGGCACCCCUACUAUGCAUUCUUAUAAUACCCGGCAGUCAACCAAUGCGCACCAUAAUUCAGCAAAUAGCAGCUCAAAAUCAUUGUCAAAAGCCCCUCCACCCCUCAUACCAGUGGCAAAUGGCUUGCGGCCCGACAACCUGUCUAGUCACAAGGGUGUGGGAAGAAAUGGCCUGGACAAGCAGCGACUGGUGGACACGCCAGCAUUCAGGCCAGACCCCACCAGACAAGAGCUUCCGUACAAAGUUCGAAAGAUGGUGAUGGAUGGGAAGGGUGUCCUGUGCAUCAACAGGACAGCGUACACCCACCAGAGUGGAUCAGAUUUCAACAUGGUGGCCCUCCAGGAUGUUAUAAAGGACUUCUUCCCAGCUGCCACCCUCUCCGAGUGCAUCGAGGUGUUCCAGAAUGUCCUCAACGUCACUGUAUACAAAGCCAACUGGCACCAAGUCAACACAUUAAUGAGUGCUUGGGGCAGUGUUGUGGCACCUGACCUAGUGCCACUGAUAUUCACGACGGACCUUGUCACA